CCGUGCUUGGCGGGCGACACCGUAAUGAAAAAUUUUCAUACAAAUGCGACUACCUCUUUUAAAUCAUCAUUUAUCAACCACCACCAUGCCUAAAGCAUGCGUACAAACUGAGCAUCAGCUUCAAGAUGCUAUUGUCGCGUAUAAACACGCACAGAACCCCAAAAUUAGUGAUAUUGCGCGUGAAUUCCAUGUUGAUUAUCAAUGCCUCCGUCAACGCCUAAAAGGAGUUCCUUCCAGGUUCCAAAAAAAUACCAGUCAACUAUACCCUCAAUAAACACCAAGAGAAUGCCCUGCGGUCUAUCAACUUGAUAGGAAUUUGGCCAAAACUGGGCAUAUCACUUUAUUAAACGCCUCCCUAAGGAGUAUAAACUCCAAAAACAAAAUCCCAUUGAUCCAAAAUGCAUGAAUGCUGAAGAUAUUA